AUGUUCGAGAAAAAGUUCAACAUUGAAGUACAAACUUUACAGCCUUUACGUGAGUUUCUUGCACAACUGAAAGAAGAAGGUAGUCAGCCACAACUUAUAGACUUUCAUUAUGAAUUUAAUGAAAAUGAAGAUGGAACUCAUGACUGUCAAUUCAUUGUAUUCUCACCAUUCAAUGAAGUCGCUAAAAAGAAAGAAAAUCCAUUACGUAUAAGAUUUCAAAUCUCCGAACCAAGUGAUGAUUUUAAGAAUGUUUUCAAUUAUGAUGCAAUGCUUCCGAGGAAAAAUGAAUUUUCAAAGAUUGUAACACCUGGCAUUUGGGAUAGAAAGCAAGCAAUACUUUACUCUAAUAUAGCCAAAGGCGUUGAAAAUGAGUUCAUUGGUCAUACAAGAACUUCACCACUUCCUAACCCUAAAUACUAUAAAUUAACUGGCUUCAAUCGUGAGUUUUGGAUAGACAUGUUCUCCACUCAUGACCAUAAAUGUCCGGUGUUCUUGCCUCCAGACCAUAAGGACUGUCUCUACAUUGAAGCACAACUCUUAAACUCUACCAUCGCAGUAUUGUAA